AUGCUUGGGCCAGAAAUUCCGCGCCGAAAAACGAGACGCCUUGCCGCGAUCAACGCUCAGAGGAAAAACAUGAUUCUAUCAGCCAUGAACAACAACUCGCCGCCACCGCUCCACAGAAGAAAACGCGUCCUGGAAGACUCGAACCAAAAUCAGAAGAUCACCAACUUCUUCCCGACGCGUAAGAGCAGCCGGAAGACCGGAAAGCAGCUGGAGGAAGAGGAGAAUCGCCAUCUCAGGGACGCCAUCUAUUCCUGCUGCAACGAAAAGCUUUUAGAUGUCUACAGUUGCCCGAUUAAAGGCCGUGGCAUCCGCGCCGGGACCUCCUUCAAGAAGAACGAGUUCGUCGUCGAGUAUCGAGGUGACAUGAUUGACUAUCAAGAAGCGAAAGAACGGGAGAAAGAAUACGCGCUCAACCCGAUGCUUGGCUCUUACAUGUAUUUCUUCGAAUACAAGAACAAGAAAUGGUGCAUUGACGCUACUGGUGAAUCAAAGUAUAAAGGCCGCUUGAUAAACCACUCGUACUUGAAGCCGAAUUUGAGGACCAAGGUCGUUGAAGUCGGCGGGCGGCAUCACCUGAUCCUCGUCGCCAAGCGGGACAUCAUGGAGGGGGAAGAGCUGCUGUACGACUACGGUGACCGUGAUCCGCAAAAUAUCGCCCAUUCGCCGUGGCUGGUCGAGUCC